UUCCUGCCUAAUCCACACGGGCCACCGGAACUUAACCAGAGCGAAGCAAAAUUCCAGAUCAUAAAAAGAAAAUGAUCACGAACCUUGAUUGGUUGCCUGCAUUGCACACGGCAUCACGUGUUAAUACCUGCUCACACUGCUUUCAAUGAACCUAACCUUGAUUGCUUCUAACCUCCACUAAACAGUUGUGAACGCUGCUGUAGUGUAGCCUGUGGCGCUUAUGGUCAGAGGCCGCCAUUUGACAUGGCCAGCCCACCCGACGCGGUCGCCUCGUCUCCCCGAGCCUUCUUAAGGUCUGGCUCUGUUUACGAACCUCUGAAGAGCAUCCACCUUCUGCAGCCCGACCAUGAAAGUCUGUGGGAGAAGCUGGACCGUUACUACAGGAUUGUCAAGGCCACGGUGCUGCUGUACCAGAGUCCCACCACCGGCCUCUUCCCCACGAAGACCUGCGGCGGGGACCAGCAGGCCAAGGUCCAGGACAGCCUGUACUGCGCCGCGGCCGCCUGGGCCGUGGCCCUCGCGUACAGGCGCAUCGACGACGACAAGGGGCGGACGCACGAGCUGGAGCACUCGGCCGUGAAGUGCAUGCGCGGGAUCCUGUACUGCUACAUGCGGCAGGCCGAUAAGGUCCAGCAGUUCAAGCAGGACCCGCGUCCGACAACCUGCCUCCACUCCGUGUUCAACGUGCGCACAGGAGACGAGGUCCUCUCCUACGAGGAGUACGGGCACCUGCAGAUCAACGCGGUGUCCCUGUACCUCCUCUACCUGGUGGAGAUGAUUUCCUCGGGGCUGCAGAUCAUCUACAACACCGACGAGGUCUCUUUCAUUCAGAACCUGGUGUUUUGUGUAGAGAGAGUUUACCGGGUGCCUGACUUCGGAGUCUGGGAGAGAGGCAGCAAAUAUAACAACGGCAGCACCGAGCUGCAUUCCAGCUCAGUUGGCUUAGCAAAGGCGGCUCUAGAAGCAAUUAAUGGAUUCAACCUCUUUGGCAAUCAGGGCUGCUCGUGGUCGGUCAUAUUUGUGGAUCUCGAUGCUCAUAAUCGCAACAGGCAGACUCUGUGCUCCCUGCUGCCCCGGGAGUCGCGAUCUCACAAUACGGACGCCGCCCUGCUCCCCUGCAUCAGCUACCCUGCCUUCGCGCUGGAUGACGAAGCUCUGUUCAGCCAGACGCUCGACAAGGUGGUUCGGAAGCUGAAAGGGAAAUACGGCUUCAAGCGUUUCCUGAGAGACGGGUACAGGACGUCCCUGGAGGAUCCCCACAGACGCUACUACAAACCGGCGGAGAUUAAGCUGUUCGAUGGCAUCGAAUGUGAAUUCCCCAUAUUUUUCCUGUACAUGAUCAUCGACGGGGUUUUCCGAGGCCACGCCGCGCAGGUGAAGGAGUACCAGGACCUGCUGGCGCCCGUGCUGCACCGGACCACGGAAGGCCACCCCGUCGUCCCCAAGUACUAUUAUGUGCCGGCCGACUUCGUGGACCUCGAGAAGAGAAACCCCGGCAGCCAGAAGCGCUUCCCCAGCAACUGUGGCCGUGAUGGGAAGCUGUUCCUCUGGGGCCAAGCCCUGUACAUCAUCGCCAAGCUGCUGACGGAUGAGCUGAUCAGCCCUAAGGACAUCGAUCCUAUCCAGCGCUACGUCCCGCUGCAGAGCCAGCGCAAUGUGAGCAUGAGGUUCUCCAACCAGGGCCCCCUGGAGAACGACCUGGUGGUCCACGUGGCGCUCAUCGCGGAGAGCCAGCGCCUCCAGGUUUUCCUCAACACGUACGGGAUCCAGACGCAGACGCCUCAGCAGGUGGAGCCCAUUCAGAUCUGGGCGCAGCAGGAGCUGGUGAAGGCCUACUUCCACCUGGGCGUCAACGAGAAGCUGGGGCUCUCGGGGCGGCCGGACAGGCCCAUCGGCUGCCUCGGCACAUCCAAGAUUUACCGCAUUCUGGGGAAGACCGUGGUGUGCUACCCCAUCAUCUUCGACCUGAGUGACUUCUACAUGUCCCAGGACGUUCUGCUGCUGAUAGACGACAUAAAGAACGCGCUGCAGUUCAUCCGGCAGUACUGGAAGAUGCACGGGCGGCCCCUCUUCCUCGUGCUCGUCCGGGAAGACAACAUCAGGGGCAGCCGGUUCAACCCCAUCUUGGACAUGCUGGCGGCCUUCAAGAAGGGCGUGGUCGGGGGCGUGAAGGUGCACGUGGACCGCCUGCAGACUCUGAUAUCGGGAGCGGUGGUGGAGCAGCUGGACUUCCUGCGCAUCAGCGACGCGGAGGAGGUUCCGGAAUUUAAGAGUUUCGAGGAACUAGAGCUCCCCAAGCAUUCCAAAGUCAAACGGCAGAGCAGCGCCUCCCAGGCCACCGAGCUGGAACUGCAGCCCGACGUCAGCCUGGCCGAGUGGAGGGCCCGACCCACCCAGGACAUUCUGCAGAAGCUAGAGGACUGCAGCGGCCUGGCCAGCCAAGUCAUCCUGCUGGGCAUCCUGCUCAAGAGGGAAGGCCCCAACUUCAUCACAAAGGAAGGUACCGUGUCCGAUCACAUCGAGAGAGUCUAUAGGAAAGCUGGCAGCAAGAAGCUCUGGUUGGCGGUUCGCUCCGGGGCUGCAUUUACCCAGAAAUUCUCCUCCUCCAUAGCCCCGCACGUGACCACCAUCCUGGUCCAUGGGAAGCAGGUCACGCUGGGCGCCUUCGGGCACGAGGAGGAGGUGAUCUCCAACCCGCUGUCCCCGCGGGUGAUCAAGGACAUCAUCUACACGUGCAACACCCACGACGAGCGGGCGGCGGUCAUCCAGCAGGAGCUGGUCAUCCACGUGGGCUGGGCCAUCGCCAACAGCCCCGAGCUGUUCAGCGGCAUGCUCAAGAUCCGCGUGGGGUGGAUCAUCCACGCCAUGGAGUAUGAGCUGCAGAUCCGGGCCGGGGACCAGCCCGCCGUGGACCUGUACCAGCUGUCGCCCAGCGCCGUCAAACAGCUCCUCAUGGACAUUCUCCAGCCGCAGCAGAAUGGACGGUCUUGGCUGAACAGGCGUCAGAUCAACGGGUCUCUGAACAGAACGCCCGCCGGGUUCUACGACCGCGUGUGGCAGAUCCUGGAGCGCACGCCCGACGGCAUCGUUGUCGCGGGGAAGCACCUGCCGCAGCAACCGACCCUGUCGGACAUGACCAUGUACGAGAUGAACUUCUCGCUCCUCGUGGAAGACAUGCUGGGCAACAUCGACCAGCCCAAGUACAGGCAGAUCAUCGUGGAGCUGCUGAUGGUCGUGUCCGUUGUCCUGGAAAGGAACCCCGAGCUCGAGUUUCAGGACAAAGUCGACCUGGACAAGCUGGUGAAAGAAGCGUUUCAGGAAUUUCAGAAAGAUGAGAGUCAACUCAAGGGCGUUGAAAAUCAGGACGACAUGACUUCCUUUUACAACACGCCCCCGCUGGGCCGGCGCGGGACCUGCAGCUACCUGACCAAGGUGGUGAUGAACCUGCUGCUGGCCGGCGAGGUCAAGCCGGGCGGCGAGGACCCGUGUCUGGUCAGCUAGUGAGGAGGCGCGGGGGGCCCUGGGGACACGCGUGCGAGGAGCGGGUUACGUUCUGCCUGGACGUGGAGUCCAGGCGGCCAGUACCGAGUGCACUGACCCCGCUAGGGCGGCGCUGCCCGCCUCCCACAGGGACUGGGCCUCUUGCUGCCCCCGCCAAGCGAAUGGUAGGACAUGCUGUCAGGCCAGCGAGAAAGUCCUCGUGGUCACGCCAGCUAGCCGUGACCCUUACUGAACAGUAGGAAUAGUAGACGAGGGCCGGUCACCACUGCAUGUUCUGUGAUCAGUUGCUCAUCAGAAGUAAUCCUCGCUUCCCCACUUGCUGCCACUGAAGUGCGUGUGCCACGCGUGCGCUGGGACGAACGUGGCUGGAGCGGCGCUGUUCAGGGGCGUGUCACGCUGCCUGGAUUCAAAUGCCUCGUCACGCGUGUCGGCCAGCUGACGUCUUGAUGUUCGGAAGCUGUAGUAUUGGUAACAUUGUAGGGUACAGAGCUGCUCUCCAGUUUUUACCUUGGGAACGUGACGAUGGUUUUGUAUUUGUCGCAACUGUAGCGGUUGGACUAAAAUACAGUAAUAAAUCUGAUCAAACGUGUAA